GGUAAUUUGGUCUAUCAAAACCUCAUUAUAAGCGAAACCCAAUUAUCGUAUAACAAUAUUCUUAUAAUUCAGACCAAAAAAGAAAUCAAAAAAAUGACAGUGAUGAAGCUUAGCUGGAGAUCCAUUAUCCCAAGAUGUUCAAAGGGUAUUGAGAAUGAGAAACCAGAAGAACCCAAGCCAAAGAAAGAAGAUUCAAAGCACGGUUCUUUCGGCAGGCUUGCAAUGUUAGAUCUAAGCUAUCCAGGCUCGAUUCUAUCCGAGGAUCUUUCCAUGUCGCUAGUCGGCUCCAAUCUCAAUGUCUUUACGCUCGAGGAGCUAAAGGUGAUAACACAGUGCUUUUCAUCGGCUAAUUUUCUCGGCGAAGGUGGGUUCGGUCCUGUUCAUAAAGGGUUCAUUGAUGAUAAGCUUAGGCCUGGUUUAGAAGCUCAGCCUGUUGCUGUUAAACUCCUGGAUUUAGAAGGCUGUCAAGGACACAGAGAGUGGCUGACCGAAGUGGUGUUUCUUGCACAAUUGAGCCAUCCACAUCUGGUGAAACUGAUUGGAUAUUGUUGUGAAGAAGAACAUAGGCUCCUUGUCUAUGAAUAUAUGCCAAGGGGAAGCCUUGAAAACCAACUCUUUAGAAAGUAUUCAGUGCCUCUUCCAUGGUCGACAAGGAUGAAAAUAGCUCUUGGAGCUGCAAAGGGACUUGCAUAUCUCCAUGAAUCUGAAAAACAAGUCAUAUACAGAGAUUUCAAAGCUUCAAACAUCUUGUUGGACUCAGAUUACUCUGCUAAACUUUCGGAUUUCGGCUUAGCAAAAGAUGGCCCCGAAGAGGAUAAAUCCCAUGUCUCAACCAGGGUAAUGGGGACUCAAGGUUAUGCUGCUCCUGAAUAUAUCAUGACAGGUCACUUGACAGCAAUGAGUGAUGUUUAUAGCUUCGGAGUUGUACUUUUGGAGCUGCUAACAGGGAGGCGAUCUUUAGACAAGAGUCGGUCUCCGAGAGAACAUAACUUAGCAGAGUGGGCUCGGCCGAUGUUAAAUGAACCUAGGAGGCUCAGUCGGAUAAUGGACCCUAAGCUCGAAGGGCGAUACUCGGAAACCGGUGCUCGAAAGGCGGCUGCAUUGGCUUACCAAAGCCUUAGCCACCGGCCUAAACAAAGACCCAAAAUGAGCGAAGUGGUUAAGAUUUUGGAGCCACUUCUGGACUAUGAGGACACCUCGGUUGCUACCUUUGUUUACACGGUUCCAACCCAAAGUGGUUUGCCACCAAAGGAGGACAAGGACACCAAGGAACGUGAACCUAAAGCCGAGUUAAAGAAAGAGAAUGGACAUCAUCGUCAAAGAAACCACAGAACCCGCCACGAACGUAUCCAUCGGAACAAAUCAUCGAGUAUGUCUUCAGUUCACUCGGACGAUGCCCCAAAACAAAAUACUGAAAACGGAUCGAAUUCUCCUUUGCACCAUAAGUCUAGGGAAGAACACAAUGUAGAAUAGGGGGAACCCUAAUUCACAUUUGUAAAUAUUGCCUUGGGAUUUUCCACACUUCGAUAAAUGUUGAAAGCGUAAGUUCCUUUUGAGAGCAAAGAUGUUUCAAUUUCAAGAAUUUUUGUU